AUGGGGAAAGCCAGCGCCGCGAUAGAGAUCAUUCUUGGCGACGUCGUCAUCAGCGAUGGGGUCAUUCAAUACGACCUUGGACGGCGGCUACCAGACCGCUUUGAGCGUAAAGAUACGCUGUUAGACUCUCUGGGGCGGCCGAAUAUCGAAAUACGAGGCUUGCUGGCGAAGUUGAAGGGUCUUCGGGGUCGCAAGCAGCUUGGCGCCGCCAUAUCUACCUACCUCGGUGUCCUCCAGAACGAGCCGCUCCUGGCCGCUGAGUACCCGGGCGCAGUACAUGAUAGGCUAUUUGAGGCUACAUAUCGCCACGUCGGCGACCAGGAGCCGUGCCAGCAGGUCGGUUGUGAUGGUACCCCGGUGCCGCGGCGGCGGCUCCACCCCGACAAGGACGAUCCACGACCAGCCGUCCAUUUUGGUCUGAUUGCGUCCGGCGAUUCGGUCAUGAAGUCUGGGGAAGAUCGCGACGCUAUUGCAAUGAGGGAAGGCGCUAUUGCAUUUGAGAUGGAGGGUGCUGGUGUCUGGGAUACCUUCCCAUGUGUUGUGAUAAAAGGCGCGUGCGACUAUGCGGAUAGCCACAAGAGCAAGUCAUGGCAGCGCUAUGCUGCCGCCACGGCGGCUGCCUGUAUGAAGGCAUUUUUAAGCCACUGGGUGCCUUCCGUACCUGCAGUAGUCAUCAUUCCAUAUCCUAAGAAUGAAACAUUUGUCGGCCGCGAUGCUAUACUCAAGAGGCUUCAAGAAAGACUUUCAACUUCCUCGCAACCGAGGAUCGCGCUCUUUGGUCUCGGCGGUAUCGGAAAAACCCAAAUAGCCACUGCAUAUGCAUAUUGGCUCCACGAGACUUGCCCUGAAGUGUCGGUCUUCUGGGUCCACGCGAGCAGUGCAGAACGGUUCCGCGAAGCAUACGCAACCAUCGCGCGAGAAUGCCACGUCCCUGGUUUGGAUGACCCGGAGGCAGAUAUAUUAGCAUUAGUGAAAGCGUGGUUGGGGAGAACACAUCAUAGUCGUUGGCUAAUGGUCGUCGACAAUGCCGACGACAAGAAUGUCUUUUACACAUCGCCAGAAGAUGAGCGUGGCUCCUCACCGUCUCAAGAUGGUGGCUUUGCGCGCUUCCUCCCCGAGAGCCCUCGUGGAUCCAUUCUCGUCACAACUCGGGAUCGGCAGGUUGGCGUCUUGCUCACGAAGGGCCGGACUCGGGCUGUGGAGGAAAUCUGCAAGAUGGACAAGCGCGAAUCUGAUCAGUUGGUUCGCGCCACGCUCGAUGGCCUCGAAGUGACGGUUGGUGAAAUCUCGCUUCUAACGUCUCGGCUGGAAUAUCUUCCUCUGGCACUCGUCCAGGCAGCCGCAUACAUUCGAAUGAAUGUUAUGGCGGUAAGCCGGUAUCUCCAACUCCUAGACAAGAGCGAUCACCCACUGGAACUACUCAGCAAGGAGUUUGAGACUAUUGGGAGAGACUCGGGGACUCCACAAGCAGUCGCAGCCACGUGGAUACUAUCCUUCAAGCACAUCGAAAAGCGAAGUAAAAUCGCGGGCGAGUUUCUCUCGCUCAUGAGUUUCUUCGACCGGCAAGCCAUCCCCAGGGAGUUUAUAUCCUGCUAUUGCCAACGACGGCAGGGGCCAAUAGAUGGAAACGGGAGACUUGAGACCCAGCAAAAAGAUAUCCAGCUUGAGGAAGCUCUAGGCCUACUUAAGGCGUUUUCAUUCAUCUCGGAGAACAAGAACGGCAAAUUUACGAUCCAUCGGCUUGUGCAGUUAGUCACCCGGAAGUGGACCGUCAACAAUGGCACUAUGGAUCAAUUCGCCAGCCAGGCACUUAUGACGGUGUCCGAUCUGUACCCUUACGGCACGUUUGAGAACCGCGAGGCCGGUGGAAGGAAGCCGAGCCGCUGCAGGUGCAGCAUGGCCAACUUGGCGGUGACGUAUGGGGAUCAAGGCCGGUGGAAGGAAGCCGAGCCACUGGAAGUGCAGGUGAUGGAGAUGAGCAAGCGGGUGCUUGGGGAGGAGCAUCCAGACACCCUCAGCAGCAUGGCCAACUUGGCGGCGACGUAUCGGGAUCAAGGCCGGUGGAAGGAAGCCGAGCCACUGGAAGUGCAGGUGAUGGAGAUGAGCAAGCGGUUGCUUGGGGAGGAGAAUCCAGACACCCUCAGCAGCAUGGCCAACUUGGCGGCGACGUAUCGGGAUCAAGGCCGGUGGAAGGAAGCCGAGCCACUGCAGGUGCAGGUGAUGGAGACGAGCAAGCGGGUUCUUGGGGGGGAUCACCCGUCCACGCUCAAGAGCAUGAACAAUCUUGCAUUUACUUGGAAGAGGCAAGGCCAUCAUGGGAAGGCUAUGGGUCUUAUGGAGCGUUGUCUUCAGCUGCGGCAAAGACUACUCGGCCCAUCCCAUCCCGAUACGGUCUCUUCUCGCUCGGCCCUUGAAAGAUGGAAAGCCGAAGCAUAG